AAAUAAAUCCUGGAAAAUUAGAAAAUAACUAAUUAUUUUGCAUAUAGUGCAAUUAUUGUACUUUGAAGCUCUUUUUUUGUCUUGACGUAAAUGAUGUGUUGUAACCCAAAAGACUUCUGGAGGACUCAUUAACCAGCAGUUUUCUGUUAUUGAUGCUAUGUGGCCGUGUAAACACUGUCUGGGAUUAAAGUUCAGCCUCCUGGGCAAAGUUUCAAGCAUUUCAUUUUUUUUUGGGAAGCAGCGGAGGUGUGUCCACACAAAAUGCUGAAGCGAGUCUCCACAUUGAUAAUUAGAAGAGGACUUUCAACAUUUCAAAAUGACAGCGUCUUCCAACUUCAUCCAUCAGUAUCGCAGGCGCUGGCAGAAAAGCGUCCAGUGGUGGCGCUAGAGAGCACUAUCAUCACUCACGGCAUGCCCUAUCCUCACAAUCUCAGCACAGCCAGAGAGGUGGAGGCCAUCGUCAGGGACCAAGAUGCCACCCCCGCCACUGUCGGGGUGAUUGAGGGCAAGGUUCACGUCGGUUUGUCGAUGGAAGAGAUGGACUUCCUGGCCCACUGUGCGGGAUCCGUCAAGGUGUCUCGACGUGACUUGCCGUAUGUGGUUAGCCAAGGGCUCACUGGAGGGACCACUGUGUCGGCCACCAUGAUAGCUGCACAGCGAGCUGGCAUCCCUGUAUUUGUCACCGGAGGCAUUGGAGGAGUGCACAGAGAUGGAGAGAACAGUUUGGACAUCAGUGCUGAUCUAACAGAACUAGGCAGGACUCCCAUUGCUGUGGUGUCUGCUGGGGUCAAAUCUAUUCUAGACAUCGGACGCACUUUGGAGUUCUUGGAGACACAGGGUGUUUGCGUCGCCACCUACGGAACCUCAAAAGAUUUCCCAGCCUUCUUCUCUCGGCUAAGUGGAUUCACCUCCCCGUACCAAGUCUCCGACCCUGACAAGGCUGCACAACUCAUUGAGAGCGCUUUGUCGCUGGGUGUCCACAGUGGUGUGUUGAUAGCCGUGCCCAUCCCUCAAGAACACUCGGCAACGGGCCAACGGAUAGACCGAGCAAUCCAGACAGCCGUGGCAGAGGCAAGUUCUCAAGGGAUUGCAGGAAAAGAUGUGACGCCGUACAUUCUCCAAAGGGUCAACGAGCUGACGUUAGGAAAGUCCCUUCAAUCCAAUAUUGCUCUUAUUCAUAACAACGCUAAAGUUGGCAGCCAGAUAGCCUGCGCGCUGUCAAAACGGAUGAAGAAAGGAAAGUCAAGUGGUGCAUUACAUCAUCCCGCUAAACAAUCUCAAUCCAGUAUUGUUGUCAUCGGCGGGAUAAAUGUGGAUUUUAUUGCAAAAGGAAAAACCAAAACACUUCAAUUUGGACAGACCAACCCAGGAAGCGUUUGUCAGUCGUACGGGGGCGUCGGCCGAAACAUCGCCGAUUGCUUGAGUCGUCUGGGCCAUCGGCCGACAUUCAUCUCAGCCACUGGAUCGGAUUCUCACGCCGAUGCUGUCUUCAAUUACUGCAAACAUAUGGACACCAGCGGCGUGAUGAGGUUGGAAGGUCAAAGCACAGCAACUUACUGUGCCGUGAUCACUGAAAAUGGAGAACUCAGUCUCGGAUUGGGCGACAUGGACGUUCAUCAGCAGAUAACGGAACAAUAUGUGUCACAGUUUGAAACGCAGCUUUUGUCAUCUACUCUGGUGUGUCUCGAUGGAAACAUCCCAGCCUCCACCAUCAAAUAUGUUUGCUCCGUCGCCAAACGACACAACAUCAAUGUUUGGUAUGAGCCGACGGAUUCUGAAAAAGCUUGUAAGCCCUUCCUAUCUGACGCCUGGAAGUCGCUGUCCUACACAUCACCCAACUUGCCGGAGUUGUGCAGCAUGAACAAAACACUUGGCCUCCAAACGCCUGAGGUGCUCCCAAACUCCCUGGAGCAGGUGCUGAGUCUGGCCGUGGCCCUCUCACGCCCCCUUCUGGAGCAUCUCCACUGCCUGGUGGUCACCCUGGGGAAGAACGGAGUGUUGUUAUGCGGGGAGCACCACGCGGGCUCCGUCAACUUGAAGCCAAGGAAAGAGGCAAAGACGAGGACGCUGUGCGCUGUCCACUACCCAGCCCUGAGUGUAGCAGCACAUGAGACAAUGAAUGUCUCAGGAGCAGGAGAUAGUCUUGCAGGCGCCUUGAUGGCCGGGAUCCUCCAGGGUCGUGACACGGACACUUGUGUUCGGAUGGGUCUUCUGGCCGCGCGCCUGUCACUCGCAUCGCCACAUCCUAUCGCUCCCGUGCUGACUACGCACUCUAUAGAGCCCGACCGCAUCGAAAAGCACAGCUGGCCCACACCGAGAUUCAUGUGGAUUGACUGACUGCAUUUGGAGUUGGCACAAAAUACUUUUGAAUACUUUCAGUUUGCGUGUACAUUCCAAAAACCAUGCAUGUUGGGUUCAUUAACGCUUGCCCGAAAAUUUGCUGGGAUGGGCUUCAACACACACUCAAAAUCGACACUUGAGGACCAAUGUGGACUUGUUCACUUACGGGUGCACUCACUUUUGUUGCAAGAGGUUGAAUGGCUUAUAAAGGACAGUAAAUUUACAGUUUUACAAGCUAUGCACCGUGGUUUCAUUUCUUUAGUGCUGUCCCAUGAAAGGAUAUAAAACAAUAAAAAUAUUUAAAAAUCUA